UUGUCUCUGGGAACACAAGGCCAACAAAGGCCACACUUUGUGUGUCUGAUCCUCAAACUGCCUGCAGAACAGCAGCAGGUGAGAGAAGACCCCAUGACUCUCACUCUCAUGGCCCUGUUCAGCCUUGGUGAGAUGUAAAAACGGGAAGGAGUCACCUACAUCUGGGAGAGACCCCACUCCAUAGACAGGACUUGGCUUGUGAGGAAACUCCAAGGGCUCAGGAAGCUCUUGGUAGGAGAGGACCUGCGCAGCUUUCAGGACAAACUUCUCAAAGGACAUUCUCUCUCAGAGCUGAGUCUGGGCUAUAAGAAAGCAGUAUUGGCAGGUUCAUAUGCAAACAUACUGAUGUCAAGAUCUCAAGCAUGCUCAUGUUUGUGAAAUUAAUACCCACAAUCACCAAGCAAUGGCAACAGCCUAAAUAGAUGUCAGCACAUGAAUUUAUUAAUGGAUAAAACUGGAGUGUAUGCCAACUCAAGACCUAUUUCCACCAGUGCAGGUGUCAAUGAUGUACAUAAUGCUUUUCUUCAUGCCUUCUCCUAUUGGGAGUUAAUAGCAAGCCCCCCCCUCCCCGAGCCUUUCAGCAGAACAGUUGAUCUGACCCAUUUGAUUUGCAACUGAACCACAUUUAGUAGGUGGAAAUCCAAAAACAAACAGCCAGGAAAUGAAAUAGUGAAGAUGGGCUCAUUACACACAGCAUAUGAGGAGAGCCAGGAGUUUUUGAAGAAAGGAGUCAUUGGAUUUUAUGCAGUGAGCCCAUACACACUCAAGUCAGAAAAAGCUUUAGGGAUGUGCAGCUUCUUAAUGUAAGGUCAGAGUUCAAGAAAGGAAGUUCAAGACAGAAAGAUUGUAGAUAUAUUUUGGGUAGCCCAAGAAGAUCAUGGAAUGGACCAUACGACACGAAACCUACACUCGUCAUCAGAAACUCUUUGGGACAUACUCACCUUGCAGCACAACACUAAUGGAAGAGUGUCUAUAUGUGGACAUGCUCAGUAUGUGUCAUUAAGAUGGUCUCUGUCAGAAAGAGAAACUCCUCAACGCAUGCUCAGCUUGCAUCAUACGUAUCGCAGACAGGAACACUGGGCAUUCUCAGACUAUGCCAUGAAAGAGUGGUAGGGAAGCCUUUGACAUGCUCAGCAUUCUGCACAAUUUGAAGGUAUUUUAAUACAGAAACUUGCUUGCUGUGAUAGUGCCAGACCUAUUCAGUGGCUAAGGAAGUGUGAAAGUUCCCUUUGUAUUAACUGAAUAAGUUCUAGAACUAUAUAAUUAAUAAAAGUGUUUAGUAAUAAUUAGACAACUGCAAUCAGACUUGGUGGUGCAUACCUAGUACCACUUGACUCAAAACACUGAAACCAAAGAGUCUAUUGAGGCCAUGAGUUCAAACCCAGCAUGAACUAAGUGGACCCCAUUUCAAAGAAUAUCACCCUAAGAGAAUAUGUAUCAAUAUCACGCUAUUUGUUAUUUUUUAAAGAUUUAUUUAUUUUAUGUAUAUGAGUGCUCUAUCUGCAUAUAUGAUUUUAUGCCAGAAGAGGGCAGCAGAUCCCACUAGAGAUGAUUGUGAACCACUAUGUGGUUCUGGGGCCUUGAACUCAGAACCUCUGGAAGAGCAGACAGUGUUCUUAACUUCUGAGUCAUUUCUCCAACAUCAUGUUAUUAAAAAAUUAGUAACAGCAGAAAGUGAAGACAGUAGGAGGAAGCUUAGAGGAGACAGGUAUGUUUAUAAUAUAGGUUAUAUUGAAAAUUUCAUAAGAUAUAUUAUGUAUAUUCAAUCUUGUCAAGUUAUGGAUGUUAAAUAUGUAGAGAUUUUUCUUUCUACUUAUUUUAAAAUUAUUUUUAGUUAUGUGAGUGCAUGUGCAUGUGACUAUGUGAACAUCAGUGCAAAUGCCCCUGAAGGCCAGAAGUGUAGCUUAUCCCUGGAGCUGGCAUUAUAGACAGCUGUGAACUGGUGCUGGGAAUUGACCUGAGGUCCUCUGGAAGAACAGCCAGUGCUGUUAACCAAAGAGCUAUAUCUUGACUGCUCUGUAGAUUUUUUCCUGUAAGUCCAAAAUUGUAUUUUUUUGUCUUUGAAUUCUUUUUAAAAACAUUUAUUUUGUUUAAUUAGCAUUUUUCAUUUAUUUUACAUACCAACCACAAUUGCCUCUCCCUCCUCUCUUCCCAUUUUCUCCUCCCAACUCCCAUCUACCCUCCUCCCCAUCCACUCCUCCUCCCUCUCCAUUCAAAAAUGGGCGGGCCUCCCAUGGGCUUGACCAAAGCAUGGCACAUCAAGUUGAGGCAGGACAUAACUCUUCCUCCUGCAGAAAGGCUGGGUGAGGUAAUCCAGCACAGGGACCAGGUUCCCAAAAGCCAGCUAAGUGCCAGAGACAGGUCCUGAUUUCAUGGCUAGGAGCCUUACGAACAGACCAAGCUACACAAGUGUCAUACACAAGCAGAGAGCCUAGGUUGGUUCCAUGCAGGCUCUAACUGUUGUUCCUGAGUCCAUGUGCUCCUAGGAGCUUAGGUCAACUGUCUCUGUGGGUUCCUUUAUUAUGACCUUGCCUUCCCCUACCAUCCUCCUGGGCUCCUACAAUCUCUCCUCCCUUUCUUUAGGAGGACUCCCAGUGCUUUGCCCAGUGCUUGUCUGUGGAUCUCUGCAUCUGCUUCCAUCAAUUAAUAGAUAAAGGCUCUCUGAUGGCAAUUAGGGUAGUCUUCAAUCUGAUUACAGUAGAUGACUAGUUCAGGCACCCUCUCCACUAUUACUAGGAGUCUUAGCUAGGAUCAUCCUGGUGGAUUCUUGGGAGUUUCUCUGGCACUAGGUUUCUUACUAACCCUGAAAUACAACCCCCAUCAAGAUGUCUCUUUCCUUACUCCCCCAAUCUGUCCUGCCCCCAACCCACCUCCUGCACCCAGCCCACCCAACUCACUCCCUGAAAUUCCCAUCCCCCCACCUUCUCACCCCCACCCACAGUUUACUCAGGAGAUCUCUUCUAUUUCCCUUUCCCAGGGAAAUUCUUGCAUCACCUUUUGGGCCCUCUUUAUUAUCUAGCCUCUCUGGGGCUAUGGAUUGUACAUUGGUUAUUCUGUAUUUUACUCCUAAUAUCCACUUAUGAGUGAGUACAUACCAUGUUUGUCUUUCUGGGUCUGGGUUACCUCACUCACAAUGAUUUUUCUAGUUCCAUUUAUUUACCUGCAAUUUCAUGAGGUCAUUGUUUUUCAUAGCUAAGUAAUACUCCAUUGUGUUAAUGUACCACAUUUUCCUGGUGUGGGAUGUCUUUCUGUACACUGUGAAUAUAUGUUGCUCCCAUUGCUUAAUAAAUAAGCUGCUCUGGCCUAUGGCAAAGCUUCUUAGAGGCAGGUGGGAAAUCCAAGGACAGAGACAGGAAAGAGAAAGGUGGAGUCUAGAGAGAUGCCAGCCACUGCUGAAGGAGAAGCAAGAUGCCAGCAGACUGGUAAUGCCAUGGCCAAGUGGCAAAACAUAGAUUAAUAGAAAUGGGUUAAUUUAAGAUGAAAUAGCUAGCUAGCAAGGAUCCUGCCAUAGAUCAUACAGUUUGUAAAUAAUAUUAAGCCUCUGAAUGAUUAUUUUAUAAGCAGAUGCAGGACUGCGGGGCUGGGCAGGACCUGAGAAACGUGGGACCAUGGGCCUUUCCCAUGUUUCUGAAAAACUACCAUAUUGAUUUCCAAAGUGACUGUACCAGUUUGUACUCCCACCAACAGUGGAGGAGUAUUCCCUUUACUCCAUAUCCUCUCCAACAUAAGCUGUUACCAGUGUUUUUGAUCUUAGCCAUUUUGACAGGUGUCAGAUAAUAUCUCAGAGUCAUUUUGAUUUUCAUUUCCAUAAUGACUAAGGGUGUUGAAUAUUUUGGUGAUUUGAAAUUCUUCUGUUGAGAAUUCUCUGUUUAGAUCUGUAUCCCAUUUUUUAAUUGGAUUAUUUGGUAUUUUGAUGUCUAAUUUCUUGAGUUCUUUAUAUAUUUUGGAGACAAGGGAUGAUCUCCAAAAUUAAAAAAAAUUAAAAAAAUUUUAAGUUCUUAUUGCUUUGUUUUGCAUUUUGAGACAAGGUCUUGCUAUGUAUAGUGUUUCCUGGCCUGGAACUCAUUGUGUAGACCAGGAUGGCUUUGAACUCAUAGAGAUCCACCUGCUUUGGUCUCCCCAGUGCUGGAGUUAAAGGCUUGAACUACCAUGCCUGGCUGAAGUUUAUUUAAAACUAUAAAAUGUCUAAAAUAGCUUAAGAAAAAUACAACUUAGUAAUCUUAAGGAAUUUUAAGUUUGAAGGAAAAUUAGUUGAGUCCAACAAUGUGUUUAAAAGUGUACUGUGAUUAAGUAGGACUUAUCUAAGAAAAUAAAGAUAUUUUAAAUAAAAAGUCUGUAUAUGUGGCCCAUUACAUUAAAAGAAAAAAAACCCAUAUGAUUAUCUUGGGAGGCACAAACAAAGCUUUUGAUUUAAAGUUUUAUGUGCUUGUAAUUUAAAAAGCAUUUGAAGUCCAGAAAAAGAAGCAGACUUUCUCAAUCUGACAAAGACUAUAUAUGUAAAGUUUCAUUUGUUACAAUUUAUUUAUUCAUUUCUAUGCAUUUUAAAAUUACAAUAUAAUUACAUCAUUCCCCUCCUAUUUCCUCCCUCCAGUUCCUUCCAUGUCCCCCCCAUUUCAAACUGAUAAUUUAUUUCUCUUUGAUUAUCGCUACAUAUGUAUAUAUGUGAACAUGAAUAUUUUACAUAUAGAUGUACAAAUAGUAAGUUUUAAAGUAAUAAUUAUUUUAAUACCAGGAAAAGAUAGGAAAAAAUUUUUAGUUAUUAAUCACAUUUUUCCUCUAAUUUAUUCUUUGAAAAUUUCAAACAUGCAAAGUGUCUUUUUUCUGAUGCCAUUUUCUUUUUUUAUCCAUGUGCAUUUCUUUUUUUUCUUUCAUUUUCUUUAUUAAGAAAUUUUCUACUCACUCCACAUACUAUCCACAGAUCCCCCCUCCUCCUUUCUCCCACCCCCCAGCCCUCUUUCCCAAGCCACCCCGCAUCCCCACAUCCCCCAAAUCGAGGUCUCCCAUGGCAAGUCAGCAGAGCCCAGCUCACUGAGCAUAGGCAGGUCCAAGCCCCUUCUCACUGCACCAAGGCUGUGCAAGGUGUCACACCGCAGGCACCGGGUUCCAGAAGCCUGACCAUAGACCAGGGACAGAUCCCGGUCCCCCUGCCUGGGUCCCCCCCAAACAGUUUGAGCCAAACAACCAUCUUCCAUAUCCAGAGGGCCUAGUCCAGUCCCACGGGGGCUCCACAGCCACCAGUCCACAGUCCAUGGGCAUACAAAGUGUCUUGAUCAUAUAUCCACCCCUCACUUCCACAGUUCUGCUCCAACCCUACCCCUGAACCCUUCAUCACAUCUCCCUCCCAAUUUCAUGUUCUCUUUUUAUAAUUUUAUUUUUAACUUACUGGAUUUCAAUUAAUGCUGCACAUGUGUUCACUGGCAUGGGGUAAUACACCACAACAUGGACAACCUUGCAGUCGCUAUACUUUUAAAGAAAAGUGACUUCCCCCAUCCUCUGUACAACAACCAGCAUCUGCCAAUAGCACACACACACACACACACACACACACACACACACACACACACACACACACACUGGGAUUUUAGCUGCCCUGAUUUUGAGCAGAUCUUCUGCAGGGAACCAGGGAACCACACCUGCUGGAGGUUCAUGUGUGUAACAGGCAUUCAUGUCCAUAAGACAUCAUUUCCCAGCACUCCUCCCCAGCCUCUGACUUUUACUCUUUCUACCCCUUCGUUCAUGAUGUUCCCUGAGCCUCAGAGGAGGGAGGAAGUGUUACAGAGCUGAGCACUUACACUUACUUAUUGCCAGCCUUUUGAUCAGGUAUGAGCCCACUGCAAAUGCAAAAGGAAGCUUCUCUGACCAAGGUUGAGAGAAGCACACAUUUAUGGAGUGAAUUAUUGGCAUGAUUUUGUCGGGUUGAAAAGAGAUGUUCUCAGACUCCCCCACCCACCCCUGCCCGCCCCUGCUAGCUCUGAUAGGUUCCAUUUGGCUUUGUGGAGGAGGGGAGAGUGGAAAAUGGGAGUGUGGGAAAUGUUCCUUCCUGCAGCCUCAGUGUUUGUGGAGUUCUGGUGUGUGGGGGAGGGGGUGCUCUUUCCUGGUAGUCCUCUCACACUCCACCAUGGCCUCUUUCACUAAAAUAGAAUUACUUUUUUUUUUUUUUUGCGGGGGAGGUUGAGACAGGGUUUCUCCAUGUAGCUUUGGUGCCUGUCCUGGAUCUCACUCUGUAGACCAGGUUGGCCUCAAACUCACAGAGAUCCACCUGCCUCUGCCCCCCGAGUGCUGGGAUUAAAGGCGUGUGCCACCACCGCCCGGCUAGGAUUAUAUUUAAAUGAAGUAAUUCAACCUACAACUUCUCACUGAAAUAAUACCUACUUACUUCUAGCUCCCCAUUUUUCUGACAUACUGUGUGCUACCCAUUCCUGUUGGUAAUCUCAACUCCCUGACUCUGACUGCCCACAGAGGGUUCCUCCCAGUCUGACCCAGGGAACAGUUCAGACUGGGGAGACUGUACACGAGUUCUGCACUGUGGUAUCUACUUUCCACACUUAGUGUCUGCUCAGAAUUGUGACCGUCAGGGAUGGCUCCAGUGUGACACACUCACAGUCAGUCUCAUGGGACACAGACACUCAUGGGCGACAAUACUGGAGUGGAUCUAUUCUGUGCACUCACAGAGGUUGACAGCUUAGUGCUGACUACGAAGCUUGGACAAUCAGCUUAGACAUCUCAGUACUUCUCUGCAAACGAGGGGAUUGGAGCCACAGAUGUGUGGUGGUAUUUUACUUGCACUGAAAUGUGAUUUUAAUUGCAUGUUAAUAAAUAAAGUUGCCUGGGGGUCAGAGCUAUUAGAGCCAUAGCAAGUGCAUGUCGGCGGUGGCGCACGCCUUUAAGGACCUGGAGGGCGGUGCAUACAGGCAGUGACGAGGUAGUCACGUGUUUGGGUUUACAACCAAUGAGAAGGCAGAACAGCUAGACUAUAUAAAGACAUAUACACAGGAAGUAGGUCCCUUGUGGAGAGCUCUCUUGGCUGAAGAGGAUCACUGAAUCAGGAAGGGUGAGGCUCUUAGCUCUGACCUCUUGGCUUUCUUCUCUGAAUUGACUCUGUGUUUCUUAUUUAAUAAGAUGGUUGGUUACAUCUACAUUUGGCGCCCAACGUGACAAGAAUCCAUUAAAAACUGCUUAACUUGACUUGGCGGCAGGUCCCGUUUCCCGCCAGGGCGGCCGGCUCCCUAGCCCGGGCCCAGGUCGGCUUGGCCUCAGGCCGGACUAACCUUGAGUUACUUGCUUAAAGCCGGCGCUACAAACAACUCAGGCCUGCCCUGCCGAACAGGGCCCCUGCCUGUAAAGCCAACGCACGUGGUUGGAGCUUAAGGUAGCCAGAGCCAAGGCUUGACUAGGCUCAAGCGGGAACACGUGGCUGGAUUGAAGCUCUUAGGCAGAACUUGCGGCUACGGUUCUUGCGUGUUCUCUCUCUCUCUCUCUCUCUCUCUCUCUCUCUAGAUUCACACCUCGGACACUAGGUGGCUGUUUUGAAAUUCCCUCAGAUUGGUACUGUUCUACGAGGACUUGGUAAGUCACUUAACAUAUCAGAUAUUUUAAAGGAAACUAUUUAAAAGAGAAAUUUUUUUCCACAUUAAAAAAAAAUUGGGUUUUCUGUGUUCAUUGGAAGAAAAUUGGGCUUUGUUUGCAAUUUUAGGCAGUCUGACAAUGGAACAGCUAUAUGAGAAGAUUAAUGUUGACUGAAUUAUGCAGUUUAUUAUUAUGCUUAUCCUCAUUUUACUAUUUAAAAAGAUAGUCAAUUUAAGUGCCAGGGUGACAGCUUUAGAAAAACUUGUUAAACCUGUAAAAACUCAGACAGAAGAAACUAACAGUGAAGUUGCUUCAAGAUUGGAUCAUAGGGUUACAGAAAGAAAGCCUGUUUUCACAUAGUCACCCUUAGUUUGUCCAGUAACCGUACAGCAGUUGCCUGAUCAAAUGACUACACAAAAUAUUUGGGCUCCAAUUGAAAUGUUAGAUUUACGAAGGUUUAAGGAGGCAAUAGUAUCUUAUGGCAUGCAUUCCCCAUAUGUAAAGCAAAUGUUAAACUCUUGGUCAGCAUAUAAUAGGAUUGUACCACAGGACUGGUGGGAGCUGGCACAAGCUGUUCUUGAACCCAGUCAAAGGCUUCAGUGGCUAACUUGGUUCAAGGAUGAAGCUAAAAACAUAGAAAAACAGUGGAGAGAUAAAGGAAUACAAGUCUGCCAGGAUCAGCUUAUUGGAGGACAAUAUGCUUCAGCACAAACACAAUGUUUAUAUGAUGUCCAAACCCUAAUUUUAUGUCGAACAGCAGCCUUGAAUGCAUGGGACAGAGUUGAGGAACCAGGAAAAAAAACUGAGUCAUUUACAAAGGUUGUACAAGGCCCAAAAGAAUCUUUCACAGAUUUUUUACAAAGACUGGCUUCAGCAGUAAAGAGAAUGGUCCCGGAUUCAGAAGCUAGUAAGAUAAUAAUUGAAUCUUUGACCUUUGAGAAUGCAAAUGCAGCAUGCAAAACAAUAAUCAGGCCAUUAAAGGCAAGAUCUGUACCUUUGGAAGAUUGGAUUAGAGACACGGUUAAUGUUGAAGCUCAUGAGCAUGAUGAUAUGUGGGUAGCAGAAGCAAUUUCAAAAGGUUUGAGGAAUGUUAGAUGUUUUGGAUGUGGAAAGCAAGGACAUUUGAAAAGGGACUGUACACAGGUCAUUCCUAGAAAGAAUGUUUCCUCAAGGAACAAUGGCAACAGAAUGCCCCUUCCUUCUGGAGUAUGCAGAAGGUGUGGUAAGGGAAAACACUGGACCAACGAAUAUAGAUCAACAAGGGACAGACAGGGUAAUCCUUUGCCUCAGUCUUCGGGAAACUCCCAGAGGGGCCUCAUGCAGGCCCCAAUAGCAAAUCCAGUUCAAACCUUUCCUGCAGUUGUAGAGGAAACCCCUACUCAGAGCAAUUAAAUAACCAAAUGCCUAUUGGAAUAAGUCAUGCUGGUCAGGAUGAUGAAACAGAGAGAAUAGAAAAUUCAGGAGAAAACAUAAAGAAAAUUUUUUGGCAAACUUCUAUUAAUGAACAAAGACCAAAAUUAUCGAUAAAAAAUAAAUGGUGUUUUGUUGUCUGGUCUGGUAGACACAGGUGCGGACGUUACCAUAAUUGCACCAGAAUUUUGGCAUCCAACUUGGCCUCUUCAGGAGGUAAACAUUCAACUGUUAGGAAUUGGGACAUUAUCUCAGGUGAAACAGAGUGCAAGAUGGCUCGAAUGUAUAGGUCCAGAAGGACAGAGAGCAAAAUUAAAACCAUAUGUGGCUAACAUAGCUAUGAACCUGUGGGGUCGAGACUUGUUACAACAAUGGAAUACUCAGAUUAACAUCCCUCCAAUCUCAGAAACAAAUCAUAAACUAGCACAUGUUUCUGAGAGAAAUAUUAGAAGGCAUUAUUCUGAGUGGUCACCAGCCAUCAUAUUAUACAAGAACAGGGCACAACAACUGAUGAUCUUCCAAAAACAACAACAGUUCUACCUUUAAAAUGGUUAACAGACAAGCCUGUAUGGGUCCAGCAAUGGCCUUUAACAACAGAGAAACUCCAGGCUUUAGAAGAGCUGGUAGAAGAACAGUUAAAUGCUCAGCAUAUUGAGGAAUCAACCAGCCCUUGGAAUUCUCCUGUAUUUGUUAUUAAGAAGAAAUCUGGUAAACGGAGAAUGGUAACAGACCUUAGAGCAAUUAACAAAGUAAUUCAGCCAAUGGGCUCUCUACAAUCUGGUAUUCCUUUGCCUACUCUGUUACCAAAAGGAUGGCCUCUCAUAGUUAUUGAUUUAAAAGACUGUUUCUUUUCAAUACCCUUACAAGAAAAAGACAGAGAAAGAUUUGCUUUCACAGUGCCUACUUAUAAUAAUUCUCAACAGGUUAAAAGAUUUCAGUGGAGGGUCCUCCCACAGGGAAUGUUGAAUAGCCCAACUCUGUGCCAAUAUUUUGUACAACAGCCAUUGGAAGUGAUAUGUAAAAAAUUUCCUAAAUCUAUAAUUUAUCAUUAUCUGAAUGAUAUUUUACUAGCUGACUCAAAUGCAGAUACUUUAGAAAGAAUGUUUGAAGAAGUAAAGAAAAUUUUGCCUUGCUGGGGCUUACAAAUUGCUUCUGAAAAGAUACAAAGAGGAGAUUCUAUUAAUUAUUUAGGAUAUAAAAUAGAGCUACAAAAAAUUAGACCCCAAAAGGUGCAAAUUAGGAGAGAUAGACUACAGACUCUUAAUGACUUUCAAAGAUUAUUUGGAGAUAUUUCUCAUCUACGAACUAUUGUUGGGGUAAAAAGUGAUGAACUGCAUAAUUUGUUCAAAACCUUAGAAGGUGACAAGGACUUAAAUAGUCCAUGAGAAUUAUCACCUGAAGCUGAGAAAGAAUUGGCCUUGGUAGAAAAGAAAGUACAUGAAGGGCACGUGGAUCGGAUUGAUCCAAAGCUGGAUUGCAUUUUGGUUAUUUUACCUUCUAGGCAUUCUCCUACAGGAAUAUUAAUGCAGAGGGAAGAUAUUAUAUUGGAAUGGAUAUUUUUACCAAAUAAACCAAAUAAAAAAUUAAAAACUUAUGUGGAAAAAAUCUCUGACUUGAUUUGGAAAGGAAAAUUGAGACUUCGUCAAUUAGCAGGAAUAGACCCAACAGAAAUUGUCGUACCUUUAACUAAGGAGGACAUUUAAAAAUUAUGGACAGAAAGUGAACCUUGGCAAAGAGCUUGCAGUAAUUUUUUGGGAGAAAUUAACAGCAAAUAUCCCAAAAGCGAUAGAAUUGAUCUUAUAAAGAGAGCUGAUUGGAUCUUGCCUCGAAUUGUAUGGGAAAAACCCAUAUCUGGAGUUCGUACAUUUUAUACAGAUGCCAACAAACAAGGAAAGGCAGGUUACAAAUCAGAAAAUUUAAGUAAAGUGGUUCAAAGUCCUUAUAAUUCAGUUCAAAAAUCAGAAUUGUAUGCUAUUCUGUUGGUAUUAAUGGAUUUUUCAGAACCUCUCAACAUAGUUACUGACUCUCAGUAUGCUGAAAGAGUAGUAUUACAUAUUGAGACUGCAGAAUUUAUCCCUGAUGCUUCAGAAUUAUCUUCACUAUUUAUUCAGUUACAAGAUACAAUCAGGAAAAAGAGUCAUCCUUUAUAUAUAACUCACAUCUGAUUCCAUACUGGUCUGCCAGGCCCUCUAGCACAAGGCAAUGAUGAGAUUGAUAAGUUAUUAAUAGGAAAUGUGCUGGAGGCCUCAGAAUUUCAUAAAAAACAUCAUGUCAAUAGUAAAGGUUUAAAAAAGGAUUUUUCCAUAACCUGGCAACAAGCCAAAGAAAUAGUAAAGAAAUGUCCUACUUGUUCCUUCUACAAUCAAACGCCAUUACCAGCAGGAUGUAAACCAAAGGGUACUCAAAGGAAUGAAAUCUGGCAGAUGGACGUGUUUCACUUUGCAGAAUUUGGAAAACUGAAAUAUGUACACCACACUAUGAAUACUUAUUCAGGAUUUCAGUGGGCAACUGCUUUGAGUUCUGAAAAAGCUGAUUCUGUAAUCACUCAUUUGCCAGAAGUUAUGGCCAUCAUGGGUAUACCUGCACAAAUCAAAACUGAUAAUGCUCCAUCAUAUGUCUCUGUUAAAAUGAAACAGUUUUUUGCUUAUUACAAUAUAAAACAUAUUACAGGCAUACCACAUAAUCCUACAGGUCAAGCAGUUAUAGAAAGAUCAAACAGAACUCUAAAGGAUAUGCUAAAUAAACAGAAAGGGAUAACAAAACCCCCCAGAAAUAGACUGCAUAAUGCUCUAUUAACUUUGAAUUUUCUUAAUGCUAAUGAGAAAGGAACAGCAGCUGCAGAGAGACAUUGGAUAAUAGAAAAAACUACAGAAUUAAAUCAGCCUAUAUACUUCAAGGAUGUGCUGACCUCAGAAUGGAAACCAGGGUAUGUGUUACGUUGGGGACGAGGUUUUGCUUUUGUUUCUACAGGAGAAGAUAAACUGUGGGUACCAUCAAGAUUGAUAAAGGUUCGAUUUGAACAAGAGAAACCUCUUAAUUAGAGGAGGUGAUAGUUCUUCAACAAGCAUGAACAUCCAAUUUAAACUAACUUAUACCAGUAACACAUGUCUUUUCAUUUAAUCAGAUAAUAACUUGCCAAAAAGGAACAUCCCCAAAAUUAGUCUUGGGGAAAGGUUUUUGUUUUUGUCUUUUAGGAGAAUGAAGGUUAAGGAAUCUGAAGAACACUGGACAAAUGAGACAACUGAAGAAAAGGGACAAAUCAUCUAUCCCAGGAAACAGAAUGAAACGGCAUAUGGUUUUCUGCAGGAAAUCACGGCCAGGCCUAACAUCAACUGAAGUCUCCAGGAAGAAGUUGGGGCCCCACAACAACAACAAUUCCAUGUGGACAAUAAUAAUAUCACUAAGCUGACAAACAUCAUCUACAGAUCAGCUUUGAACUACAAGG